AUGGCUGAGGAGGUUGGGGUGAUUGAUCUGGCAGUGGCUGAUGAGGUUGUCCAGGUUGCUGGGGCUGGUGCAGAGCAGCGCCCUAGGGGUGCUAUGCGCUGGACUAGUGCCAUGUCUUCCUUUGUCCUGCGCCGUAUGUGCCAGCUGAUUGAGAGUGGUGUUAGAACAGACAAGGGCUUCAAGGAGGUCCACCUGAACCAAGUUGCCAAGUACCUGCAGGAGUUUAGUGGCAAUGAAGUGUCUGGUACUCAAGUGUAUAACCACUUGAGGAAGUGGAGACAGAGAUGGAUGAGGGUGUCCAAGCUUAGGGAACUAAGUGGUGCCCUUUGGAUUGAGGAGAAUUGCAUGAUCAGCCUUGAUGAGGAGCACUAUAAGGGACACAUCAAGGCACACCCUAAGGAUGCUGAAUUUCUGAACAAACACAUUGAGAACUACAAGGAGAUGAUGAUCAUUUUUGGCAAUGGGUUGGCCACUGGCAAGUAUGCUAUGGGUUCUAAUGAGGCUCUAGGUAGCCCAUCUGACUUUAUAGAUAUCUCAAUCAAGACUGAACCAUAUGAUGAGGACAAGGCAGCCAAGUGCAUUGAUGAUGUUGCUAAGGUCUUUGGAGAAGCACCCAAGGAUACAAUAGAGGUCAUUAGUGGUUCUGGUCCUAGCAAGAAGAGGAAGAGGUCUGUCCUCACUGAGGAGGACCAUCUGGUGAUGAGCAGUAUGACUGAGGCAGUGAGGGAUGUUGCUUCUGCUAUCCGUGAGACCAAGGUUGAGGUGUUGAACCCUGAUCUGUACAGUGCAGUGAUGUACAUGCCAGGGUUCAGUGAGGAGGCUCUGAUCUGUGCUUUCUCCCAUCUGGUUGACAACAAGGCCCAGGGUGAUGCCUUUGUCAACAUGGCUGAGAACCACCGCGUCCUUUGGCUAAGGACAUGGCUUGCCAAGAAUUCCUACAUGUAG